CUAAUCUCUCUUUUUCUCCUUUUUGCAUUGAUCUGAGUCGAUCAUUCUUCAGAGCAGGGUUUACAUGGAAACUGCUUCUUGCCCUGUAACUCCUCGAUGGAAUGUGGAACGACCGUUUCUGACAGGUCGUUUUCAUCAGGAAGCAAAAGCUACGUCUCAACAAGCUGGAUCAAAAGGGUUUUCCACUGAUACUUUUAUCAGUCCGGGUACGGAAAAGCCUAUUGGGUGCUACCCUGCCUCCGUUCAGGAGCUCUUACUUAUCGAUGAUCUCCUCUCUGCCUUGGUUGGAAUUGAGGGGCGAUACACUUCAAUAAAGAGGGUCCGUGGCAAGGAUGACCGUGUAAGCUUCCAGGUUGAUGCGUCUAUGGACUUAGCGCUUCAGGAAUUGGCAAAGCGGAUAUUUCCCUUGUGUGAGAACUUUUUGUUAAUCAACCAGUUUGUUGAGUCGAAGUCACAAUUCAAAAACGGCCUCGUCAAUCAUGCCUUUGCUGCUGCACUAAGGGCACUCCUCUUGGAUUUCCAGGCUAUGGUGGCACAACUGGAGCACCAAUUCCGGCUUGGAAGGCUCUCUAUACAAGGAUUCUGGUUUUUCUGUCAGCCAAUGAUGGGUUCAAUGCAAGCUUUGUGCGCUGUGGUACAGAAGGCUUCAGCUAAUAACUUCAUGGGUUCUGUGGUUCUUAAUCUCUUGCAAAACCAGGCCAAGGCAAUGGCUGGUGAUCAUGCGGUGAGGUCAUUACUGGAGAAGAUGACACAGUGUGCAAGUUCUGCAUAUCUUGGCAUAUUGGAAAGGUGGGUCUAUGAGGGGGUGAUCGAUGAUCCAUAUGGUGAGUUUUUCAUUGCAGAGAACAAAUCACUCCAAAAGGAGAGUCUCACUCAGGAUUAUGAUGCUAAGUAUUGGCAACAGCGGUAUAGUCUCAAGGAUGAUAUUCCUAGCUUCCUCAGCAAUGCUGCGGGGACAAUUUUGACCACCGGGAAAUAUUUAAACGUCAUGAGAGAAUGUGGACAUAAUGUUCAGGUUCCUGUAUCAGAGAAUUCAAAAUUGAUGAGCUUUGGAUCAAAUCAUCAUUAUCUUGAGUGUAUCAAAUCUGCUUACAAUUUUGCCAGUGGCGAACUCUUGAACCUCAUAAAGGAAAAGUAUGAUCUCAUGGGAAAGCUUCGUUCUAUAAAACACUAUUUUCUUCUUGAUCAGGGUGACUUCUUGGUUCAUUUUAUGGACAUUGCUAGAGAUGAACUCGUGAAAAGGCCUGAUGAAAUUUCGGUGGAGAAGCUUCAGUCACUUCUAGAUCUUGCACUGAGAACCACGGCUGCAGCAGCAGAUCCUCGCCAUGAGGACUUGACAUGUUGUGUGGAAAGAUCUUCUUUGCUUAAAAGAUUGGGCACGCUUAAAGAUCUUGAAAUUAGUAGGCCUGUUUCUGAUAGUAAUGACCUAGAGGAAUCAGUAAGCAUUACUGGCCUGGAAACGUUUUCUUUGAGUUACAAGGUUCAAUGGCCAUUGUCCCUUGUUAUUUCAAGAAAGGCCUUGACAAAAUAUCAAUUAAUAUUCCGCUUCCUGUUCCACUGUAAACACGUUGACCGUCAGCUUUGUGGGGCAUGGCAAGUUCAUCAAGGAGUUCGUGCUCUUUACACAAGAGGAACUGUCAUCUCCCGCUCAUCAGUUUUAUGUCGUAGCAUGCUUAAAUUUAUCAACAGCCUUUUAAACUAUUUAACAUUUGAGGUGCUUGAACCCAAUUGGCACAUGAUGCAGGAUAGACUUCAAACCGCAAAGAGCAUAGAUGAGGUUAUCCAGUACCAUGAUUUUUUCCUUGAUAAGUGCUUGAAAGAAUGUUUGCUUCUUUUGCCUGAACUUCUCAAGAAGGUGGAGAGGCUGAAAUCCAUAUGUCUUCAGUAUGUGGCGGCUACUCAACGGUUGAUUUCAUCAUCCAUUUACAUUCCCAAGCCAGAGGAACAGUCAAAUAUCCCAACAGGAUCAGAGAAAUUGAAACAGUGGCGAUCAAAGAGCAAGGCUCCAGUAAUGAAGUUAGCAACUAGCGAUGCAACAGCAGUGACAGAUUCUGUUCUGAAAUUUGAGAGAGAAUUCAAUUUCGAGCUUCAGAGUUUGGGACCAAUUUUGAGCAAUGGUUCUCAAGCAGAGCCAUAUUUGACACAUCUUGCUCAAUGGAUUCUUGGCGUUGCAAAUGACCAAUAACUGAACCCUGUUCUCUUGGGAGGCUGGCAUUGUGGGAAUGAAUUGUUGAUAUUAUUUCCCUGCCAUUAAUGGUCCUAGGUUUGCAAUUAUAUGUUUCUUCCAAACUCCACAUUACUUGACUCUUAACUGCUUAAAAUGGAAAAUUUUCAACUGUUUUAUUGGAAUUUUGCAACUAAUGAGAUGACUCGGUGCUUCUGGUC